UUCUUUACAAACACAAUCUAGUCUACAGAUGAAUAUAAAGCACUAAUUCCAAACUUGAAUAUGCUUUUUUCUAAAGAAACAAUAGUUGAAAUGAACCUCUUUAGCCGGGCUAUGUCCGGCCCCUGAUGAGCUGCUCAGAGUCCAGGUGGGUCAAUCACAAAGUGGUUUUAAAUCCACCUGGAGCUGAUCAGGGUGUAACGGUGCCCAGACACAAUGGAGAAAGCUGCUAUUGUAAAAGAUAUGAAAAGCUUCGAGUGCUCGUCUCCGUCUGAGUUUGACAGGCACUUCUUUGGGGAGCAGAGUCUGCUCUCUGCUCUUUCUCUGGAGCAGCUCUCCACAUCUAAAGCUUCAAACGAGACAAUGGCCGACAGCAGGGCGUCCAUCUUGGCCUCCUUCUGCCUGGCGCUGGACACCGUUUCUCCGUGCCGCGGGUUCGAAUCCCAGGAGCUGGAGGGCGGCGGCAGCCUGGCGGUUCCCCAGCAGGGGAAGUUCUCCACCCCGCAAAUCCUCAACGAAAAGACCAAAGGUGGUACGGCUGUUUUGGACCGGUCCUACGCCGACCUCACGCCCUCUCACAUCUCCUGGGAUUUGUCUCUGAUCAAAGCGGAGAGCAACAGCCCCAGGAUCAACGCUCUGGAGCAAACCUGGAGCCCAAACCUGACGCAUUCGCUCCAGGUUUCCCCGGCCUUUGGACAAAACACUCCACAAACAUGA